AUGAAGAGUCAAGCAGGGAACGAAGGAGGUGGGAUUGUUGGGAAGGAGGGAAGAAGGACAAGAGCGAGGAGAGGAGGGGAUGAAGGAUACAGUGUCCUUGGUUAUAUCAGUGUUGGUUUGAUCCUUGUGAACUCCAUUUCCCAGCCUGCCUUGCUGUAUGAGAACGUGGUGGUGAGCGAUGGGAGCCCCAUUCUGAGAGAUCUGCUCUUCAGCCCUGAUCACCAGUACCUGUACGCCCUCACUGAUAAACAGGUCACUCGUGUGCCAGUGGAGAGCUGUGAGCAGUACACCUCCUGUGGAGCCUGCCUGGGUUCAGGAGAUCCUCACUGUGGCUGGUGUGUGCUGCACAAUGUUUGUUCACGGAAGGAUCGCUGUGAGAGGGCAGAGGAGCCUCAGCGUUUCACCACCAGAAUAGAGCAGUGUGUCCGCCUUGCUGUCCAACCCGACAACGUCUCUGUCACUAUGUCAGAAGUACAGUUGGUCCUCCAGGCCCAGAAUGUACCCAGUCUGUCAGCUGGAGUUAACUGUUCCUUUGAAGACUACGUGGAGACGGAGGGACGGAUCUACGGCGGACGAAUAUUCUGCCUGUCGCCCUCGACGAAAGACGUGGCUCCCAUCACACGUGACCAAGGAGACCAGCGUGUAAUAAAGCUGUAUCUGAAGUCUAAGGAGACAGGAAAGAAGUUUGCCAGCGUGGACUUUGUCUUCUACAACUGCAGCGUCCACCAAUCGUGUCUGUCCUGUGUGAACGGGAACUUCCCCUGUCACUGGUGUAAAUAUCGCCACAUGUGUACGCAGGACGCCAGCGACUGCUCCUUCCAGGAGGGACGAGUCAACACCUCGGAGGAGUGUCCUCAGAUCCUGCCCUCCACCCAGAUCUACAUUCCCGUUGGCGUUAUGAGGCCGAUCACGUUGCUAGCCCAGAACUUGCCCCAGCCACAGUCGGGACAGAGAAACUACGAGUGUAUCUUUCACAUCCAGGGCAACACACACAGCGUCCCGGCUCUGCGCUUCAACAGCACCAGCAUACAGUGUCAGAAGACCACGUACGACUACGAGGGCGGUGACAUCAGCGAUCUGCCGGUUGACCUUUCCGUCGUGUGGAACGGAAACUUUGUCAUCGACAACCCGUUCGACAUACAAGUUAAAGUGUGCUCCUGCAAGGCUUAA